AUGACGCAGCAGGCCAAAGUCCACGCUCCGCAAGAAGAUUGGACGGGCGUGACUGAUUCGAGAUUGCGAAGGAAGCUGCAGAAUAGGUUGAACCAGAGGUCUCGCCGAAAACGUGAAGCGUACACCAAGACUACAGGGCAUAUCCCACCGGCGGCGCAGUCGAUCACCUCGCGUAUAUAUGACGACAGCAGCGUAUCUGGUUCGCGAUGGAGUACGCAAAUCAUAGAUUCCAGCUCGCCGGAGGUGGCUGUAGUCGUCUCCACCGCGCUUGAGCCGCAGGUCAAGCCUCGAAAGCUUGGCCAAUGGGCCAAUACUUAUGCUGGAGAGGCCGAUGAUAUCCAGCAAACAGUCCUUAACCAGCUCGAGGAACUCGCGAGCCAAAAAUACAUGGGCUCUCCGACCGCCGAUUUUCUGCUGACUCUAAUCCAAUUCAAUGUUUUCCGCGCGCUGUUGCGCAAUACCUUUACCCUUAGGCUGACACUGGACUGGCUACAAGACGAUGCGUUCUCGCCUUUCUGCGCUGGACACUUCAAUGAGUCCGCGCCCUCGAGCCUGCAACCGACGUUGCUGCAGCGUACAACAGAGCAUCACCCCUGGAUAGAUCUCUUCCCCUUCCCUGCGAUGCGGGAUAAUCUGCUCCGUAUAUACGGCAAGUUCGAUGAGGACCAACUCUGUGGGGAUUUAGUAGGCUGGUGCAGGUCACCGGGUGAGCGUACUGGGCUCAUCGUCUGGAGCGAGCCGUGGGAUCCUUCAGGCUGGGAAGCUACGGAGGCGUUCUUGAAGACGUGGGGCUGGACGAUCAGGGGUUGCAGGGAGAUUUCCUACUCGACGAACUACUGGCGGGCUCGGCGUGGAGAAGAGCCUCUUGAGGACGCGUUGUUCGAGCUUUCUGCCUGA